AUGAAAGUUGGUUACACGCCAUACCAGAUUGAUAUUAAUGAUUGGAAGAGGUCUUGUUCUAUUUCGGAAUCUGUGACUUCUGCUGGAGCAGCAAUAUACCGAAAUUUAUGGGAUUAUAGCUAUGGUGGUACUCAUCAUUACUACGAAGUCACCAUUACGUGUGAGAUAUUUUGGAGGAGUAAAAUAAAAAGAAAUCUUGACAUCAAUUUGUAUAAUGAGGUGCAGAAAUUUUACAACUCAGAAGAACUCAGUGAUGUUACAAUCAUUGUUGACAAGUUCGAAAUUCCAGCACAUAAAGUCAUUUUAGCCGCUCAAAGUGAAGUAUUUGCAAAAAUGCUGCAAUCCGGAAUGAAGGAAGCAAUGAAAAACGAAAUAAAUAUUAAAGGUCUUGAUCUAGAAAUAAUUCUGGAAAUGCUGCAUUAUUGUUACAAGGGAGAGACUAAGGCAAGUGAAGAUACGAAAGUAGCGUUGCAGAUGCUUGAAGUCGCUGAUAUUUAUCAAAUUAUCAAACUCAACGAUAUUUGUGAGCGUACAUUGAUAAACAAUAUGUCUACUGAAAAUGUUCUCGACAUAAUUGACGCAGCUGAUGAUCAUAACGCAUUUGAUUUACGCAAGAGUGCCAUUAAUUUGAUCGUUCUUCACAGCAAAAAAGUGGUGGCUUCAAAAAAAUUUCAGAAAUUGUGUUAUAAAAAACCAGAAUUGAUGUUCGAGCUAACGUAUGCUUUUGGGAACAAAUAA